ACAAGAGGGCGGGCAGUAGGCGGGACUUCCGGCUCGCGGUUCCGUCCGCUGCCGUUCCCGGGCGUCUCCCCGCAACCUCCCCAACUUCCCUUGUCCGUGACGCGGCACCCAGGAGAAACCCGACGGGACUCGGGCCGAGGAAGCGUGAGCUGCAGUGUCUAGGACCAGUUAAAAGAAGAUGGAUGCACAGAAUUCAGCGAAGGUCAACACGAGGAAGAGGAGGAAAGAGGCACCUGGACCCAACGGAGCAACAGAGGAGGAUGGAAUUCCUUUAAAAAUGCCACGUUGUGCAGUUGGCUUACGGCAGCCAGCACCUUUUUCUGAUGAAAUUGAAGUAGACUUUAGUAAGCCCUAUGUCAGGGUAACUAUGGAAGAAGCCAGCAGAGGAACUCCUUGUGAACGGCCUGUGAGAGUUUAUGCAGAUGGAAUAUUUGACUUAUUUCAUUCUGGUCAUGCCCGGGCUCUUAUGCAAGCAAAGAACCUUUUCCCUAAUACAUACCUCAUUGUGGGAGUUUGCAGUGAUGAGCUAACCCACAACUUCAAAGGCUUCACAGUGAUGAAUGAAAACGAGCGCUAUGAUGCAGUGCAGCACUGCCGCUAUGUGGAUGAGGUGGUGAGGAAUGCCCCCUGGACCCUGACUCCAGAGUUCCUGGCAGAACACCGGAUUGAUUUUGUAGCCCAUGAUGACAUCCCUUAUUCUUCUGCUGGGAGUGAUGAUGUUUAUAAGCACAUCAAAGAAGCAGGCAUGUUUGCUCCAACACAGAGGACAGAAGGUAUCUCCACAUCAGACAUCAUCACCCGAAUUGUCCGUGACUACGAUGUAUAUGCCAGACGGAACCUACAGAGGGGCUACACGGCCAAGGAGCUCAAUGUCAGCUUUAUCAACGAGAAGAAAUACCACUUGCAGGAGCGGGUUGACAAAGUAAAGAAGAAAGUGAAAGAUGUGGAGGAAAAGUCAAAAGAAUUUGUUCAGAAGGUGGAAGAAAAAAGCAUUGACCUCAUUCAGAAGUGGGAGGAGAAAUCCCGAGAAUUCAUUGGAAGUUUCCUGGAAAUGUUUGGUCCAGAAGGAGCACUGAAACAUAUGCUGAAAGAGGGGAAAGGCCGGAUGCUGCAGGCCAUCAGUCCAAAGCAGAGUCCCAGCAGCAGCCCCACUCGUGAACGCUCCCCCUCUCCCUCUUUCCGGUGGCCCUUCUCUGGCAAGACUUCCCCGCUUUCCUCCCCAGCAAACCUCUCCAGGCACAAGGCUGCAGCCUACGAUAUCAGUGAGGAUGAAGAGGACGACUAAUUUUUCAUCUCUCCUUUCCUCUCCCCUCUCUCUGUCCCAUCACCUUCAGAAGCUCUCUGUUGAAUUCCAAAUUGUGACCCCAACACUAAACUUAAGGACAGCUACAAAGGAAAGACAACUGGGGUAAGAGGACCUAGGAUGGGGGGACCAGACAGCCUAUCCUCCAAGAGACAUCACCCAACCACGCCAAGGAGGCUGACUACACCUUAGAAGCCUGUUCUGCAUUCAUAUACCCUCCCCGUGGACUUUGCUUUACUGUUUAUGUUCAUGUGAUCUUGACAGGGAAGUUUUUGUUAUUUUUAUUAAUUUUUUAAAAAUUAGUCUUUCAAAUGUAGUAAGUAGAACUAAUUUUUUGCCCCCAAGGAGCGGGCAGAAGGAAGUGGUAUAGUAACGAGAGGCCUUUUCUUCCUGAUACACUAUAGGGUUUGCCUUCCAUUCUGAGGCAAACUGUCUUGCCAAGUCCUUCAAGCAGUGAGCCAUGCUGUUGGGUGAUUUGGAGGGAGACACCAUAAUUUUGGUUUCCUUUUUUAAAAAAACUAAGCUGAGUAACAGUCACAAAUCCCCUAAGUGUACUACUGGCACAUGUGUCAUUGUGGCUGUGGGAGGAAGGAGAUCUGAGCCUAACUUUUCUUACUCCCUGAGGAGUUUCUUGUUGAACCCAAUGGGGUCCAUGAAGACACUGAUGGGGCUGGAACCAGACCACGUGGCAUUAGCUGCUUUUCUUCUGCUAUGUUCAUCUUCUCAGAAAAUUCUGUUGCCCAGUUAUUUGGGAGCUCUUGUCAAUCUUUCUUGCAGUCUACCCUCCUAAAGGAAGGAACACUUUCAGGCUUACUCUCACUGAGGAGGGGAGUGGGACAGUACUCAAUCCUAUACAAAGUCAGUUCAGAUCAAUUUUCCUCCUGGGAGUGAGUCCCUGGCCCUGUUACUCCUAUUUUCAUACUUAUUACCUAGCUUUUUUUACAAAGGAUACUUUGUAAAUGUCUGCAGUUUGAACAUGAUCUGUUAAUUCAUGUCACUAAUAGCCAUAUUGAAUAUUCAGAGAGAUCUGCAAAGAACAUAGGCACAAAAGCAUAAGGAAACACAUCCCUUUUUAAAGCUUUAUCUUGACCUUUUCCCCUCUUAAGAGUGUCCUCACUGGAACCAGUGCUCCACGAGGUGUUUCUUUUCCUCUGGGAGUUGCAGCUGGCAGGGACUCCUGCCCACUGCCCCUUCAGCAAACCACCAAGCAAGGGCCCACACUACAAGAGUGUGGUAGGUUCCCUACCUGUCCUUCUGCCUGGUUCCACCUCCUGUGUUAGGCUACCACUUAAAUUUUAAAUUUCACAUCAGAGAAUGCUGAAGUUUAUCACUUGCUGUUGAGCAUGAGCUCCUUUUAAACCUCUAGCAUCCUACAGUAUGUGACCUAGCAGAUCAUCAUCCAUCAGUAAUCCUGUCAUUGGGUUCAGGGUAAAAAAUGCUUAUGUCGAGGCCCCACCCCAUCACUCAUAAAUACCCCUUGUGGGGGUGGAGUUUUAGUGUUUUCAGCUAAGAAAACCACAUUUUAUCUUUUCUUGCCCCUCUGCUAGGGCUGUGAGCAUCUCAUAGUCCCCUCCCUAAACAUUUUCUGGUAAAACCUGUUCUGCCUGAGGGUCAGUGACUAGAAUCACUGCCUGCCUGCACAGCAGGGACUACCUAGAUUCUUAAAACUCAGAUUACCCAGAGAGGCAGAGCAGAGGGACAAAGAGGGGGAAACCUCUUGUUGUCCUGAUGGCCUAUGAAAACUCAUUUCUAACUCUUCGCUUGAAGUGCUAUUUUUAUUAUCAAAUCUGGUUUACACAAGUUUUGGCUUGGAAUCCUAUUUGGGGAACAGUUAAAGUUAAUGUUUUCCUACGUUACCCAGCUUCAUGUGAUCAAAUGUUUUGACUUUUCUACUUCAGUCUUCCCUCUUUGGGAAUUCUGCCCACUUCUGUUGAUAGAAAAGCAGUGAAGUCACCACUGAAGUCACACUACCUGCUCCCUCAAAUAACACAUGCUCUCCAAGUGUAUUUGGAAAGGGAGGUGCCCAGAAUGUGGUUUUUCUCCCUGCAGUCACUCCUCUCAUGUAUACUGUCUGGGUCCCAGGUGUUUGGCCCUCCUCCUCUACUCUGUGAUGGGCUGCUUUUGGCAUGUCCUGCCCUUGGAAUAUGACCUCUGGGCUGACAAGCUCUGUGAGACUGCUGCCGCCAGCAUAUGCACAUGUUCUUGGAAAACUCUCUCACUCCUUUGGGUGAGCCUCUGUGGCCUUAGUCUUCUAACAUUGGUUUAUCUUCAUAUAAUUUUGACUGAAAGCAAGAAAUGUUAUGAUGUGGCAUGCUAGAUACUUUGGGAUAAAUGUGACCCUAGGUGUUGGAUGGGGGGGCGUUUGUGGAGAAAGCUGUUGGGAUAAUGCAUUAUUUGAUCACUUGUGCCUAAUUAAAUAAGGUUCGAGGUUCGAAUUCCACAGCUGUGUAUGUGAUCUGUAAAUCUUUAAAUAUUAUUGUUAAUAUUGCCCUCUAAUACUAAUUUUAAAAUUAAUUAGCUGUUUCCCUGAGUCCCACACACAAAGCAGCCAGCCUGAAUAGGCCAAAUGUGGCAGAAAUGGGAGAGCCUUAAAAGUUGGUUGGCCUUGGAGCCUCUGUGUGCAAGACAGAAGGAGAGUGGAGACAGAAGCCCUGUAGCUGGUGCUGAGGAGGUGCCGUUUCAGCAGUUACCUUGAGAUGGGCUGGGCAGAGACUUUGCUCUUUUCAUACACUAGACUCAGUAACACUGAAGGAUAGAGGUUGAAACUUUAGAGGAAUAGAAAUGGAUCAUUUGUACCGCCACAGCUGCUUCUGAUAGCUAGAGCCAAAGGCCAUUAUUCUGCCGAGGCUUGGGUAAGAAGGUUGGGGGUGUGAGGAGGUUGAAAAUCUUGAAUGGAGGAAAAAAUUUGAGGGAAGUCAAGAGAACUUUUGACCUUUUCUCAUCACUGAUAACUUCUUAGGCAGCAUCUGAGGUACAUUUUUCUCACUUGUGACCACACAGCUGUCCAGGCAGUCUUUGGAGAUUCCCUCUGCAAUGGUUCUUCACAGUGCUUUUUAGUCUCUUUCUUAUUUGUCGGUAGCUUUUGUGUUUCUGGAGCUCAUUGCUUUGUUAAUCUUGUUUCAGACCCUUUAUCUGAAAUCUUUCCAAAUCAAUUAUAGUUUUCAGCUUUUGUUUAAUUCCCUAAAAGCCAUAGCUUCUGCAUUAUCUGCCAGCACACACUUUCAUCAGAAGUUGAACCAGUACAGGUAGGAAAAAAAGCUCCCUUAACAAUGUUUUUAUCUAAUGGUAUUUUUUUUAAGCUUACCAAUGUAAGUAUUUUUAAAGUUAUAUUUUUCAAAGUCAUGCAACGAUUGUUCUUGUUUUCUCUCAUAGAAUAGGUUGUCAUGGGAUAAAGAGUGGUCCCUAGCUUUUAUUUUUCCACACAGUAAAAUAUGUUCUUGGGAUUAUACUAUUAAAAGUUAAUUUUCUUUAAAAGAAAGGAGAAAGAUAUUCUGUCUGCCAAAGCGUAAUGUUAGUACUCAGAUUGGGGUAGAAAACAAAAGUGCUUUGUUUAACAUUAGGAUGACUCCAGUUAUGUUUUUUCAGGUUUCAAGUGGGCUUUCCCACCCUUCUUAGGGGGGCACUGACUGUUUUGAACAGAGACUUGAUUGGUUGGGGUUGUUUUGUAUUGAGGAUCCUGAAAAGAGUGUUGGAAAGAAAUGCUGCCCUUGGCGUGAAUGUUGGCCCCAUCGCCAGUGCUGGUGUCCACAAGGACGUUUUCCUCAAUCGGUGUUCAGUAUAUUGUUUUCUUGUCUGAGUGUUAUUAAUUUGUUCAGUUAUUUUGGCUUUUGUCAUCAGCCAAAUAAAGAUAAAGUGAUUUUACCUAA